AUGAAUUUGUUAAUGCUCGUACUCACAUUAUGCGGAAUAUUGACAUUGUAUAUUUAUUGCCGCAAAAUAUAUAGUUAUUGGAACAGACAAGGUAUACCAGAGGUACCAUAUUCCUUACCAAUCAUUGGUCACCUGUUACCAUUAUUAUUAUUGCAAAAAAGUAUCCCGCAAAUGGUAAUAAAUUGGUAUGAUCGUUACAAGAACAACAGUAUGGUUGGUUAUUACGAUGGUACAUUACCGGGAUUAUUGAUAAGGGAUCCUGAAUUGAUUAAGAUGGUACUGCAAACGAAUUUCACGAAUUUCCAUGAAAACGCAUUGAAGGUCGACAAAGAUGUAGAUCCAUUGGUAGCCAAGAAUCCAUUUUUUUUAAAAGGAGAAGAAUGGUUGAUCAAUAGGAAAAGAUUGACCUAUGCGUUUUCGAGUAUGCGAUUGAAAAUAUUAUCAGAGACCGUACGUAAAGUUUGUAAAAAGUUUGACGAUUAUUUGUAUAAAAAGAUCGAAGAUGAUCAAAGGAUCGAAUUUGAGACGAAAGAUCUAUUCAGUAGAUUUACUGGUGAAGUUGUCGCCAAUGCAGGAUACGGCAUUGAAGGUUUUUGUUUCGAUGAUAAUUAUAAUCCACAAUCGUUCCAUGAGAUGGGUAAAAAGUUAUUCAGGAUAGGCUGGUUACAAAGUGCUUUGCAAUCAAUAAUGUUUUUCCUUCCGUUUCUAAAUAAUUAUUUAAAAAUACAAUUUAUACCAAAGGACAUUGAUCAUUUCUUUCGAACGAUCGUUAAACAGAUAAUAGAGAAGAGACGUGAAGAGAAAGAAAAGCGUAAUGAUUUUUUUCAAUUAAUGAUCGACCUUGAAAAAAGUGAAAAUCAAAAGUUCGACGAGGAAUCAUUAUCGGCAAAUGCAUUAUCAUUCUUCGUCGAUGGUUACGAAACAUCAUCGGCUACCUUGAGCUUCAUUUGUUUCGAAUUAUCGAUACAUUGCGACAUACAAGAAAAACUUAGGAAAGAAAUCAAACAAGUAUUGGAUAAACAUCAAGGAGAGAUUACUUAUGAUUCCUUGAAAGAGAUGACGUAUCUGGAUCAAGUGAUUAACGAAUCGCAAAGAUUAAAUACGGUCUUGGAUAUAAUGAGCAAAAUAUGUACCGAUGGUAUUCAAUUGAAAGGUAACGAUGAUUUAACAUGUAAAGUCGAACCAGGAACAAAAAUGAUUAUACCAGUUCGUUCGUUACACAGAGAUCCUAAAUAUUGGAUCAAUCCGGAAGCAUUUGAUCCAGAUCGAUGGAACGAACAAAGAAAAUCUGAAAUUAAUAAAUAUUGCUUUUUACCAUUUGGUGAAGGACCAAGAAUUUGUGUUGGUCUUAGAAUGGCAUUGUUACAGAUCAAAGCUGCCAUUGUGACCCUAUUAAUGAAAUAUCGAAUAGAAAGAAAUUCAAGAACCUGUUAUCCAGUUAAAAUCCAGAAGUUUGGUAUAUUGUCGACACCGAUCGACGGUCUUUGGGUUUAUCUGAGACGUCUUUAAAAAAAAAAAAAAAAAAAAAAAAAAAAAAAAAACACACACAACAAAAAAAGGAUUAUCUUCUUUUUUAUUUUUUACUUAAUAUCGCUGAAUGACAUUUAUGAUGACUAGACGAAGAUAAUUAUUGUUAUCUGCUGAAUACAAAAUAUUAUUCUUGUCAUUCAUUUCUAAUCGAAUGAAAAAUUUAUUCUUAAUUCAUUUCAUGUAACUCUGUUAUAUACUCUUUCUACUAUUGAUAAAUUAUA